UUGAGUCACCUGCAGCUGUGAGCAGGUAUAUAUUGAGGUGUAUGUUGCUCCUGGAAUCUGUCCUCAAAGCUUCUCAACAUGAACGUCCUCGCGGUGCUGUCCUGCCUCGGCCUGCUGCUGGCUGCUGCUUCCAGCCAGGCACCCAAACCCUGCGUCUCUCCGGCCUUGAUGAGUGGAGGUUUCACCCUGAUGUCUGCAGACAGCAUGAUGUCCACAGGACAAGUCAGCUAUGAUGCUAUUGGUCAGAGGAUGAGAGUCAGAGCCAUGGGGCUUGAUGGCAACUACACCAGUGUUAUGGAUAAGCUCAUGCUUUUCGGUCAGAAAGUCUAUUAUGAGAUUAACUGGAGCAGUUUCUCCUGCAAGAAGAAGAAGCUGGACACUGACUUCAUUCCCAUGCAAGUUCCCUCUGAUGCUAAACUGAUGGGUCAGGUGUUCAUGGGCUCCUCUUCCUCCUGGGGCAUGGGCGUGCUGACCAACACCUGGUAUGGAAGCCUGCCAGGAAACGGCACGUUCUCCAGUGUGUUCACUGAGAUUGGCUGCAUCCCCCUGACCUUCUCCAGGUUCACUCCAGCCAGUGGAUGGCACACUCUGAGCACCUUCAACUGGGUCCUUGGCAACGUUAACCCCAUGGACUUCCACCCUCCCUUCCUCUGUGCCAAGGCCCAACUGGAGGAGACCGAGACUCCAGACAACAUGUUCACCGCCCUGAAGUCUCCGGCUUUGAGGAGCCACAUGGAGGAGUAAACUUCUGGAGCAUCUCUCAACCCUAAAACUUCAAUGUUCAUGGAGUAGUACUUAGAGUUAAAUAAAACCUGUACAUCUGUGA